AACAAGCUAAAGGCCCUCUUCAGUAGUUGUGAUAAGCUGUAUCGUUGCUAGAAUCAAUACCCAGCCACCUUCAUACCUGACGACCUUUCCCACCUCGAACCGAACGCGCGACCGACUCCCUAGGAGAUAGGGCUUUCGUUAUUGCUCGACGCCCUGGAUCCCUUGUCAUUCCUGUCGCCGAUCCCUUCCCGAGUAUUAAACCUAGGCCCUCCUCGGCCUCCCAGCUCUUGCGACAUGGUCUCCGAAGGCUCAGGGGGGGCAUCCGCGCAGGAGGGCAGCACCCCAUCCUGGAGUGCAGAUGGCUGGAGUGUCGCCCUAGAAAAUCCAAAUCCCCAGGCUGAAGCUGGCGAUCAGCCUGCCCAAGAGCCUCCUGUUCUUCCUGACCUCGCCCCGCACCACUCUGGGAAUGCAUCCAACCAAGACGAGGAUGAGGACGAGGAAGUGGAAGAUGAAGAUGAAGGUGGGGAAUACGACCCCGAAUCUGUUACAAUCACUACUGCGCCCGCCCCGGUUGUAGAGCGCCCUUCUUCGGAUUCUCCGCGUCCGUCUAAGAAACCCAAGACAGCUGGAGGGUUCAUCGUCGGCUCGUCUGAUGACGAAGAUGACACGCCGGUUCCGGCGCCGACCUAUCCCGGCGCCUUGAAGCCAACUCCCUCAGAUAUACAGGCCCGGCCUUUUACUAGAGACACCCCCGGCUAUUCCCAUACGCAGGCAGGAAACGGCCCUUCAGCUCCACCAGAUCUAUCUGCUGAUGUAACUGCCCCUACUGGCGUCAAUGCUUCCGCUGCCGCCACAGCACGCUCGAGACUCCCCACCGAUGUUGUGGGCCUCCUUGAAGACCGCAUUAAAGAGGAUCCUCGGGGAGAUCUAGACGCCUGGUUGGCUCUCAUCGACGAGCAAAAACGACGACACAAGAUUGAGGAUGCUCGUGCCGUCUACGAGCGCUUCCUCGAGGUUUUCCCUCAGGCUGCUGAAAUUUGGGUCGCAUAUGUGGACAUGGAACUAAGUCUGAACAACUAUAAGGAAGCCGAGGGCAUUUUCACCCGCACGUUGUUGGCGGUGCCUAGCGUCCAGCUGUGGACGACUUAUCUCAACUAUGUACGCCGCAUCAAUGACCUUAGCGACCCGACGGGUCGAGCCCGCCAGACGGUUAGCCAGUCCUACGAGUUCGUUUUGGGGACAAUUGGCCAAGAUCGGGAUUCGGCAGCCUUGUGGCAAGACUAUAUACAGUUCAUCAAGACGGGGCCCGGCCAGAUCGGCGGGGCCGGCUGGCAGGACCAACAAAAGAUGGACCUUCUUCGUAAAGCCUACCAACGUGCUACCGCGAUUCCUCUCCCGAAUCUGAGUUCUCUGUGGAGAGAGUAUGAUUUAUUCGAGAUGGGUCUGAAUAAGAUGACGGGACGGAAAUUUAUCCAAGAACGAUCUCCUUCGUAUAUAACUGCCCGGAGCGCUCAUACCUAUCUGGAGAAUAUCACGCGUGGCCUUCAGAGAACAACUCUGCCCCGCCUACCUCCUGCUCCCGGAUUCGAGGGGGAUCAGGAGUAUCUAGAGCAAGUCUCGUUGUGGAAGGGUUGGAUUGCGUGGGAGAAGGACGACCCGCUCGUCAUAAAGGCUGAUGAUCCGGAAACCUAUCGGCUACGGGUUCUCCACGUUUACAAGCAGGCGCUCAUGGCGUUGCGCUAUUGGCCUGAGAUGUGGGUUGAUGCGGCGGAGUGGUGCUUCUCAAACGGCGUCGUCAGCAAAGCAGGCCAGGACGCCGGUCUCCAAUUCCUCAUUGAUGGCAUCGAGGCAAACCCGGAAAGCUCCUUAUUAGCCCUCAAACAUGCCGAUCGUAUCGAGUCCACCCAACCCGCUCGCGAUGAUGAUACAGGGAAGGUUGAUCUCGCGCAGUCUAUCCGGGAACCCUAUGACAAGGUCCUCGAGACGCUCUACGGCAUGAUUAAGAAGUUGAAGGAUCGCGAAGCCGCGGCUAUAUCGAAGAUUGAAGAGGAGGCGGCUGCUGACACUUCCGGUCCCGAAAACGUCGAUGCGGACGAAGAGGACGAAGGGGAAAUCAAGGAAAAGCAGUCGACCGACGCCACGAAGAGUAAAAUCAAGGCCAUACAGGAUGGCUUUGCCGUUCAGAUCCAGAUGCUAUCCCAACAUAUAUCUUACCUCUGGAUCGCUCUUGCGCGCACUUUCCGAAGACUGCAAGGGCAGGGGCAGGGCAAAAGCACACCCGCUACGGGUAUACGGGGUAUUUUCACCGAAGCUCGAUUGAAGGGUCGCCUCACGAGCGAUGUCUACCUCGAAAUCGCUCACAUGGAGUGGGAUGUCUACCAGGAUAACGUGGCUACGAAGAUCUUUGAUCGCGGCGCGAAGCUAUUUCCGGAACAGGAAUACUUCAUCGUUGAAUAUCUGAAGCACCUCCACGCUCGGCGCGAUUUUACGAACGCUCGAGUCGUGUUCUCGCAAACUGUCCAACGGUUCAAGGGGAAGCCAGAACUCGUCCACAAGUUGAAGCCGAUCUACGCCUACUUCCAUAGUUACGAAGCGCGUUUUGGCGAAUUGGCCCAGAUCAAAGAGCUCGAGAAACAGAUGGCCGAACUCUUUCCGGAAGACCCCAGUCUUGCGCACUUUGCGGCCAGAUUCUCCACGGAUAGAUUUAACCCCAUUACCGCUCGCGUCAUAAUCUCGCCAGCGAGACAGAUGCGUCCCAAGGCCGUCAUGCAAUCCGUCGAACAUACGUCUCUGUCCGCCCGCAGCACCCCCCACCCAGCGCCCCAAGCCGAACGGAGCCCGCAGCCUCAGUAUUUACCAACCGUCAACUCCCCGAAGCGCCCCUUCCAAGCGGAUGACCAGGACGACUACCCUCCACGCAAGUUAGCCCGCGGAGCAUCGCCGCUAAAAGGAGCUGCCGGCCGGCGGCUCGACCAGCAACGACGCGCACAGCAGGGUCAGGGCGCUUCCUCCCACGCCAAUGCCCCCGCCCCUAUUCCCAGGGACAUCACGUUCCUACUCGGCCUGAUUCCGCCUGCCGAGGCAUUCCGUGUCUACCAAUUCAACGCCGAGGGUAUGGUACGCUUGAUUCGGGAUACCCCGGUACCGAGCCUCAGCGAGUGGAGGAGCUUGAAAGAGGGGAACGCCUUGCCACGUAUGCAAAACCGACACGCCGCCGCUGAUUACCCGAUAUACACACACUCUUCAGACUCGCCGGGUUCCUCGGGACGACCCACCAGCCCCUUUGGCGGAAUGAGCAGAACACAAUCGUCUGCUCCUUACCGUAAUUCGCCGCUCCGACCCGGCUCGAGCGGAUCCUACGAGCCGCCUCCUGCCGUCUACCAGGCUCCCGGGACGGUUCAGUUCAACCCGUUGGCGCCCAGUUCCGCUGCCGAGAACGCAGGGUUUGCCGGCUGGCCGGGCGGUUUUCUGCCAUCUACCCAGUACAACGUGGCGCAACCUCAACAUCAAACGUCACAAUACGGUGGAUAUUACUAGUAGUAGUCGGGUUUAUCGGCCAACCGUCCCGGCAUGAGGACGUGGUCGGCAACGAACCUCGGCCGGGUGGGGCGGGGAACUCUAGCGGACAAUCGUGGCCAGCAAUCCGUAUGACCAGCCGCGGUCGUUACGCCGAUGGUUCUCGUAUUGCUGUCCCGGUGCCUCUUGCCGGCCCGAAGGAGAGAGGCAUUGAUUUGCG